GCUGCGCUGGUGGGCUCGUCCGCGGCGCUCGCGUUCUGCCGGCAGCCGUGGGAGCACCAGAAGCUGGCACUCUGAGAGUAAUCUCCUCGGCCGUGAACCGGGGACGAGCUGCCUCGGCUACUGGUUGCUGCUACACAUAAGUUCAAAGAGGACGGCCGAGUUGACCGUUCACCGCGAGGCGAAGUGACGACGACGGCGGCGGCGGCGACGAGGAGAAGGUUUCGGCAAGGAGGAGAAAGAUGAAGGCUGCUGGGAAACCGGCGAGCGGCGGCGGCACGUCGAGCGACAUCCGUGGCCUGCUGCAGGACUUCCUGGAACAGCAGCACCGGCUAGACGUGCGGCGGCAGGAGGCGCUGGAGAGGCACGCGCGGGAGAGGGCGGCCUUCGAGCAGCAAUGGCGGCAGUCGAUGCAGAGGCUGGAGAGGGAGAGGCUGAUGCUUGAGCAGGCGUGGAUGGAGCGAGAGGAGCAGAGGAGGGGCAGGGAAGAGGCAAGGGCGGAGAGGAGGGACGAGCUCCUCACCACCUUGCUGAAUAGGCUCUUGCAGGAUGAUUUGUAGCCUCUGUAGAGAUGUCUAACUCAAACAGAAAUUACAGUACUAUAUGCAAGGUUUAUAGUGGCACAUGUCUUAGGAUCUUAGCUAGGUGGAAAUUCUUUCUUUAGUUUUGUGUAUGUGUAUCUAUGUUAUUGCCUGUUGAAUUCUUUCUGCUAAAUAUGAGUAUUCAUCUAUCCAUGCAUCAUAAAACUUGAA